AUGAGGAACUUCAGUCUGCCAACUCUAAAAGGGAAUCUGAGUCUGCUUCUCAGUCCAUGUGCCCUAAGUCCUCACAGAGGUGGUAACCUCCCAACAGAGGAUUCUCAAAUUCAUUAUUUUCCAGUAUGUAGCCUGCAAGCUUCAAUUAACUUAUCUGUUACUUCAAUUACUCCGGUUUCAGCUUGUCCCAAGAUUCCUUCUCCAGAAGGAAUUCCUGAUUCUGCUGUGUUACCUGAGUGUGUGAUGUCAAUAUAUAUUGCAGCAGAAGCCCUACCUCCCCAACCCACGCCAGCACUCCCACCCCAACCGCAAGCCCCACAACCACAGCCGGCUCCUCAUCAACCAAGGCAACGGAGGCGUGCUAGGCCACCAAUUUUCCGAACCCGUGUCCUACUUUUUGGGAUGCCAGAUGAUGUGGUGGUGCGUAGAUACCGGCUGCCACCACAUCUAAUCCUAGACACUCUCUCCAUAAUAGAGAGUGAUCUGGAGUCUGAAAUUCGGUAUCCUACAGCAAUACCACCAUUGACACAAUUCCUUGCAGUGUUACAUUUUUUGGCUACAGCCUCAUAUCAGCAUGUUGUGGGAGACCUGGUUGGCAUGUCGCAGGGCCAGUUCAGUAAGGUCCUGCGGCGUGUCUGCCAGGCUUUCCUAAAGCGGGUGAAGCAGUUCAUUGAUAUGCCUUUGGAUGUUGGUGCCCUAGAUGUGGUGAAGCGGCAAUUUGCGGAAGGUGGUAGUCGCUUCCCACAUGUUAUUGGGGUUGUGGAUGGCACACAUGUUGCUAUUCAGCCACCAAGACAUAAUGAAGAAAUUUUUAGAAACAGGAAACUGUUUCAUUCUCUGAAUGUAAUGGUUGUUUGUGGGCCAUCCCUCCAGAUCCUUUCCCUGAAUGCAAAGUUUACUGGAAGUUCCCAUGAUGCAUAUGUCAUUAGACAAUCAGGGAUAUGGCAGAGAUUAAGAUCAAGUCAACGAGCAGACAUGUGGUUAUUGGGAGACCGUGGAUAUCCUUGCACCCCCUGGCUCAUGACUCCUUACCGUAAUCCCAGGCCAGGACCACAGAUGGCAUUUAACUCCGCGCUUACUGCCACUAGGCAGCUGGUGGAGCGCACAAUUGGUGUCCUUAAAGGGCGGUUUCGUGUGCUCCACCGCACUGGUGGCGACAUCAUGUAUUCGCCGGAGAUGGCAAGUAAAAUAGUGGUCCUGUGCGCAAUACUACAUAAUAUCGCGGUAAGGAGUAGUGUAGAGCUUCCUCAGGCAGAGGAAUUGCCUGAUGAGGAGCCAGGGGUUGGUCCACGCUUCGGUGGGGGGAGUGUGACACGGAGGGGGAGCCAAGUGAGGGCAAGAAUUGUUGCAGAAUAUUUCAGCUGAAUGAUCACACGAACUGUGGACAACAACGGCAAAACUCACCACCCCCUUCCCCUUCCCACUCCCCCUCACCUUCACACUCCCCCUCCCCUUCUCACUCCCCCUCCCCUUCUCACUCCCCCUCCCCUUCACAGUCCCCCUCAGCUUCCCAGUCCACCUCAUCUUCCCAGUCCACCUCAGCUUCCCAGGCCCCAUCAGCUUCCCUGGCCCACUCCACUUUCCAUUCCCCUUCUCACCACACCUCUCCAUCUCUUUCUGGGACCCCUUCUCCUCCUUCCCAUACCCCUUCUCCUUCUAAUUCUACAUCCCAAUCUGAACCCCCCACACCCUCUAUUGCCUUAACUUUCUCUCUGCCCCCCUCGCCCUCUCAAUCAGACCCCCCCUCUGAAAUUGGCAACCAAAUCCAGCCUCCUUCCCCCAUCCAGCCUCCUGCCCCAAUCCCUCCUCCUUCCCCAAUCCCUCCUCCUUCCCCAAUCCCUCCUCCUUCCCCCAUCCAGCCACCUUCCCCCAUCCAGCCAACAUCCCCACCCAGUGAAUGGGCAGAGGAAGCCCCUGCAGACCGGUCCGGGAGUCUUGAGGUUGCCGUGGAAAGUAAGUUUUGU